AGGUUGAAACGAAACAGGAUUCAAUCGAACGGAAACUAAAAAUAUUGCAAAACAAAAUUUAGCUUGGAUGAGAAUAGACAUUCAGAAUGCCCCUGGAAUGUGUCUUGGGGGUUCUUACUUUUUCACGCUCACUUGCCCUUUUCCAGACACAAGCAACUGGGCCUUAACGUUUUUAAAAUCAAGUUUCAACUUUAUGUAAGUACCUAAUUGUUAAAGCUCUCGAUAAUUGAUCUACAGACCUAAAAUUUAGAAAGAACAUUCGGAUGGUACUCCCCCCCCCCAUUGUCAUUUUGGAAAUGUCAGUUCUUUAACACUUUCCUGUCCUAUUUUAGAUGCAAUAAAAAAUAUGCCGGAUCAAUUCCUUCAAUUUACAGAUUAAAUUAAAUUUUCCUUCCAUUUUUAUUUUUAAAUCGAAUUAAAUUUUCGCUCGUUCCAUUUUUUGGCUGUAUCUCAAUUUUUUGUUGAUUAUUUUGAAAAAUUUUUCUACACUUGGUUAGUCACUUAUGCGUAAUGAUUACUUUGAAUGAUAAAACUUUUCGUACUGAAACAUUGAAUUCACCUUGGCAUGGCACAAUAAUACUGGCGCCUAAUGGUGAAUUUAAAACGAUCUGAAAAAUUGCCAAUGUGCCGUCGAAAUAUAAUUAUGUACGGCGUGUUGAAUCGACAAUUGCAUACUUACAAUAUAAAAUUUAGAGAUUAUAAAAUUCAUCUUUUUGCAUCAACAGACGUUGAAUGUUUAUCAUCAUUAUUCAUUAAGAAAAUGUCUUAUAUUUCAUUCGAGCCUCAGUUCUAUUGUGUAUUAAAAAAUAUAGAAGCAAUUCAUUAGAUACUCGUAGAUAGGUGUUUGCUUUUUAGUAAUAUAGAUAGGUAUCUAAAGCUAAUGUCGCGUGGCUGCUUCAUUGAAAUAUGCUGCAUUUAAGCUGGGUUAUAAAAAUGUAAUGUGUUUUGAUACGGCCACACAAUUAACUUUUAAGUAAUUAAAAAAUGGUAUGUACAGUCAAAAGUAGUUGAAAAUGAAUUACUAAAUGAAUUAUGGUUAGAAAAAACUUGCGAACAUUUCAUGUAGGAUUGUAGGGACGUAUUUCAUCGCGGAUUAUUUCUAUAAUGUCCAUGCCCUUAAUUUAUGUACCUAAUUGUUUUCGUUUAUUUAUUUAUUAUUUUUUUUUUUUUUUUUUUACAAAAACGAAGGAAUUUUCACAUAUAAAAAAUUGUGUACGAAUAUUUAGGAUCUUUGAAUGUCGGACUGAAUAUUAGAUUAGACCCUGACUAAAAAAAAAUUCAAAAUUCUCAACCUAAAUAAUGCGCAGUAAGAUACGCCAUGGUCAAAUUUUCUACGUAAAAGAAGUUUCUUUUUGAUUAUCUUACCAGUAUUAAAAACAUACACAUGCGUUACCUUUUUUUAAAAGUGAUAUUUUUUUCACAUCGCGUGUUGGUUUUUUGCACGAUUUUUCGGGUCUUUCUCUAUUAUACUUGUGCGUUUAACUGAUUUCGCGUCGUGCUCAAUUUUCAUAAUUAUUUUUACCAUUAAAAAAAAUUAAUUCUACGUAAUUAAGUAUAUCGAGUUCUCAACCACGAACCUAGUCGAUUCAAAAAUUUGCUAUAAAAUCUCGAGUCAGCAACUAUAAGUAGGUACAGCUCGUACCUAUAGUAAAUAAAAUGCUCAAAGGUCCAAGCAUCGCUAUACGAGUUUACAUGAAGAUAGGUUUAGGUAGGUAGUAGAAGUACCCGAACAUUAUUCAACAAAUGUAUAACGCAAAAUUACCCAACUGUCACACGAAUCUCAUAACCUCAUAGGUGAUUUACGCCUCCAUUUCCUCACUCACAUCAUAAUACGUACAUAUCUGAAUUUUGCAUGUUUUACGUAAAUGAUCAAAUUAUUUAAUGAUGUAGAGUCAUGCUGUUUUCACCGACAUUAAACGUAAUUAAAGAAAUUCAUUUCAUUCAUUAAAUAGAUGAAUGGUUAUUCCGCAAUUCGCCACCUUUGAGACUUGUUUAUUUCUACGUUACCGGCCACCGGGCUUUUGUUCGUACACGCCUUUAUCUAUAUUGUUACAUGAACUUAUAAUCUUUUUACAACAACCAUGUUUAAAAAUGUGAUAAUUUUAAUUUCGGUGAUUUUAUUAUUCGUUUUGGGCGCUUGUUCCGCUAUAAAUGUCAACUGUAGUAAUAAAGAUGAAGUGGAUAAAUACAUGAAGGGAUUGAUACAGGACCACUCGACGUUAUUUUCGCAAUAUGCGCAUAUUACGAAGACGGAGAAUUUGGCUCAAAAGUUUCAAGAAGUAGAAGAUUUUCAGGAUACUUCGUUGAAAAUAGAAGAUAUUCUACCGGUCAACAGCAGUUUAUACUUGAAACGGAGACCUCCGACGGUAUGCGGGAGGCCGGCAUAUGUCAUCUACCAUGUGAUGGUGUUGUCGUUGGAUUCCAUCAACGAAGCAGCUAUGACUUACAGUCUUGACAUUUAUUUGACCAUAAGUUGGAUAGAUCACAGGUUACGGUUUCCAGAUACUUUGCGAGCUUAUCGAAUUCUAGAUCCUGCUUGGUUGGGAAGUGUAUGGCAACCUGAUACGGUGUUUAAAAAUGCCAGAGAAGUAACUUUCCACGAAAAAAUUGUUCCUAAUCAUUAUCUGUGGAUGUUACCGAACAAAGCUUUGGUUUAUGUAACCAAAUUAACUCUGAUACUGACCUGUAGCAUGGAUUUUCAAGCUUAUCCUCACGAUACUCAAGAAUGUGGUCUAGAAAUUGAAAGCAUGACUUAUAACGCUAAAGAAAUAGUUUUCAAGUGGGACGCCAAUAGUUCGCUGCAUUUCAAAACAAAAGAUGGUAAAAUUCAAACACCGCAAUUUAAAUCCGUUCACAAUAAAACAGAAGAGUGCACCGUUCCUUAUUUAACUGGUACAUAUUCGUGUAUCAGACUUGUAUUUUAUUUACGACGAAGAUUAGGAUAUCAUUUAAUACACACUUAUGUGCCUUCUGGUUUUGUCGUUGUUCUAUCAUGGAUAACAUUUUGGAUAAAGCCGCGAGAUGUAGCUGCUCGAAUAGGUUUAGGAGUUACUUCUCUUCUAACAUUGAGUAAUUAUAUGACAACAACUUUGAAUUCCCAGUCGCAAGAAACUCUACCUCCUGUAUCGUAUGGAAAAGCGAUAGAUAUUUGGAUGUCAUGCUGCGCUCUUUUUGUAUUUUGUUCGAUUUUAGAAUUUGCUGUGAUCAAUUAUUUAGUUUGUCGGUUUCCGGAAAAUGAAGAAAAUUUAAAUCCAGUCUUACAGAAACCGAAAACAAUCAAAGGCCACGUUUCCGAGUAUUUCGAUCGUCGCAAGAUACAAAUUAUUGCCCAUAAUAUCGACAGAUUAUCGAGAUUUUUCUUCCCCGCUUGUUUCCUUUGUCUGAACAUAUGGUAUUGGAGAACAUACUUACAAGAAGAUCAUAUCAAUGGAGUGGAAGUCGAAGAUAAUGAUUUAAAUGAAGUAUAGACAGAAAAAAGUAAAAGAUCUGUUUUACAUCAGCUCGCCAGUCUCGAAUCAAAAAUAAAGCCUGGUUAACUGAUUUCCCUCAAUUUUUGCUAUCAUUUUUGAAUACGCCUUUCCACGGUGGGGCGAUGGAGGGGAAUCUUAUAAGAAUAGGUACCUAUUUUAGAUCGAAUAAUUAAUAAUUGAAUUCUCAGAAUUGAACUCUUUUGGCGAAAGAUACCUACAAAAUUUAAUUGUAAUUAACCAAUAUUAAUUUGAAGGGCUUAGUUCGAAUAUAAGUUCAUUUUUUCGAUCCGCUUUGUUGACUCUCUUUCCUAACCAAUGCCUCCAAACUCGUU